AUAAUGUCAAGGAGCAACCAGCCAAAAGACCUGGUGUCCAUUAAAGAACUGGAGCUCACUUUGGAUUCCUGCACUCUGGAGCUCACUGCAGUGGAUGAAGUGUGGCCCAACCUGUACAUAGGAAAUGUGGCGGUGGCACAGAACAGAAAGACGUUACAUAAGCUCGGCAUCACUCAUGUCCUGAACGCUGCACACUACAAGCAGGGCAGCAUCGGCGACCAGAGUUUUUACGGGAACACCUGUGUUUACUUUGGUAUCCCGGCUGAGGAUUCAGAGCAGUUUGACCUCAGUCAGCACUUUAGACCUGCAGCUGACUUCAUUCAAAAAGCCCUGAAGAGCAAAGAUGGGAAAGUGCUGGUGCACUGCAUCAUGGGAGUGAGUCGAUCGGCCUCUUUGGUCCUGGUGUACUUGAUGUUGCGGCAGCGUCUCCCUCUGAGAGAUGCUCUGAGGCAAGUCAUCAAAAAAAGAGCCAUUUACCCCAAUCGCAACUUCCUGUCCCUGCUCCUGAAGCUGGACGAUCAGCUGACGUUCAAACGAAGAUUGUGUCCUCUUCUCUGA